GAAGCUGUGACUGUGACUGUGAGGAUGGAGGCAGCAGCUGUAUAAAGGGAGCACAGAGCAGGUCUGGAACCCACAUCAGACCAGAUCAGCACAAAGACCCACUGAGCAUCCAACCUGAAGAACGUCUGUCUCUGUGAGGGAACCAUGAAGACGCUGGUGAUCGCUGCCCUGAUCCUCAUCUGCUGCCUGUGUCACCACUCUGAUGGUCAGAUUGCAGCAGCACCGCUUUUGAGAAGUGGAUGCUGUCAAUCCAACUCUGAAGAUCGGGUUCCUUUGAGACGCAUUACAUACAUGGGAAGGACCCCAGAUGACUGUCCUGUCCAAUCAGUUGUAAUCAAAACAGUCCGUAACAAGCAGAUUUGUGUUGAUCCUGAGAAACCGUGGGUGAAGGUGGCACUAUUUAAGUUUAAGGAGUCAACUGCUAACAACAAACCAACAUCUGCCCCUUUCAACAUGUGAACGUGUAUGUCCCCAGGUUGUCCUCUGUCUCCCAUGUUAUAUCUCAGUUUUGUCAGCACUCUGCUUCUGUAUUUGCACCUGUGACUCUGUUAUCUUGAUAAGUCAUUAAAUAAAUUUAAAUGAUCUGCCUUUA